CCGUCGAGCGGAACUGAACUGUGUCGGCUAGAGGAGAGGUUGGUUCCAGCUCUAGAUCUCCAGUCAGUAGCUAUCUUCCCCCCCAGCCAGUCAGUAGCUGUCUCCCCCUCUCUUCCCCCUAGCCAGUCAGCCUGAAGUUGGACAUCAUCCCACCACCCCACAUCCACAACAUGAGUGGAAAACGGAAACUGAGUUUCAAGUGGUUCGGGAGUCUCUCCAACCUAUCCUUUCGGCGUGGAUCAUCGUCAGACAAAUCUCCCUCCAAGUCUGACGGGGGCAGCGCUCUGGAUGUGGUAUCCUCCCCCGACGCCGCGGAGACGUCUGUUGACGACAUGGAUAUGACUCGUCCGCGCACCUCCAGCUACGCCCGCUCCAGCGACAACUACACCCACAUGGGCACCUUGCCCCGCCUCCUCCUCAGGAAGAGAGACAAGAGUGGGAAUUCUGUGAAAGGAGGAACCAAGAAGGGGGCGGGGCUGGGCAGGAGUCAGAGCCAGCGGCCGGGAGGGGACCAUGUCUGUAGCUCUCCCCUUCUCACAGCUCUAUCUAGCAAGCCUGGCUCCAGACAGGACGAGUCUGGCGCCAGACAGGACGAGCCUGGCUCCAAACAGGACCAGCCUCCCUCACCUCUAUCCAGCCAGGCUGCUCCUGGUCCAAAGACCCUACAGGCCCAGGGGCUGCCUCCCAUCCCCAGAGGGGGAUCACUCAGUAGAAGUAAACACAAAGACCCACACGCUCACUGUGAGGAAGGAAAACCACAGACAAGUCAGCUAAUGUCAGCUCAGGCUGUGGGGUCUGCUUCCUCCUCUACCGCCUCGUCACUUGUCUGUGAUGACGUCCCUGAAGGAAACACAGUCACCACUGAUCAGGGUGUUCCAUCUCCAGAUACAGCAUCAACUGGUGGGGCCAGAAGGAAUCUUCCUUCUGUUCCUGGUCAGUCAGUUCCCAUGUCCUCACAGAGCCAGGUGAACAUUCAGACAGAAGAGCCAUCUCCAACCCCUAAGGUUCCUAAGAAAUCCCUGCCUGGGACCCAGGUCACCCAGCAUUGUGAGGAGGGCUUCCCCAGGGAGAGAGCUGAUAACCUAGGGACAGACAGUAACUCCAGCUCCCUGCCUGAGACGUCCUCCUGUGGUUCUAGUGGAAGAGACCUUCAGAGAGAAACUCAUCCUGGUGAACCUGUGAACAGCCACAUGGACCCAACAGACAGCCAGGGUGAAUAUGUCAAGUUCUCCAAGGAGAGGUACCUGCUGGAGUCUGCACCAGAGAAACUACACACGGAGCUGGAGGAGGAGCUGAAACUCUGCAGCAGCGAUAUCAGGAGCCAUGGCUGGUACCAUGGACACAUCCCACGAGAGGUGUCGGAGACGGUGGUGCUGCGAAACGGUGACUUCCUGAUCCGUGAUUCGCUGAUAAACGUGGGCGACUAUGUCCUGACGACCAGGUGGAACUAUGAGGUUCUGCACUUCAAGAUCACCAAGGUCCUGGUCAGGUCCAGCACUGAGUCUAAGGUCCAGUACCUGUUAGAGAAAGACAGUUUCGACUCCAUACCUGAGCUGAUGAGGUACUACGUGGCCGGACGGCGACCUGUCUCCCAGCCCAGCGGAGCCCUGAUCUACUGUCCAAUCAUACGCACCCUCCCCUUGCGUUACCUGGAAGCAACGUUUGCCUUAGCCAAUAGCAGACAUGGCCUAGCCCACUCACCAUCCAGUCAGAAAGGAGCGUACAUUAAGAGGCGGAGCGUGACCAUGAACGACGGAUUGACCACGGACAAGCUGAUACCUCACAGCUCCUCUACUAUUCACAAAGACGCCAUGAGGAACUGUGCUCUGAGUAUGGACCUCAUCCAGGAGUAUCGCCGUCCUCCUUUAGGGGAGACACCUCUCUCCCCAGCCUACAGCCACAUCCACAGACACAGAACCCAGUCAGGGGUUAGAGUUCUGGCCGUGGUGCCCCCCUCGCCAGUCCUGAGACACUCCAGCGACCCCCAGCUCAGCCCUGGCUCCAACAACAACCUACCAGACAUGCUAGCAGCCAGUUCCCACUCCACCCCGGGCCCCUGCUCCUACGAAACCCCAGCAGAUGGCUCCGAGACGGGGGGCAGCUACUGCGACUUAGGGCCCACCCCAGCCCUCUGUCCUAAGGCUCCCUGUGCCGCCGGCAUGCACCCCACACCUCCCACUAAGAGCUACGUGGAGAGGCUGCGUGUGGAGGAGGGCCAUGGGCCUGCCCCAGGGAGGGAGGAUGGGGCUGGAGAAGAGGUGUUCAUCGCCCCCCUAGUGGAGACAGCCUCCUCCUUCAGACCAGGGAAGUACCUCUCGCCACUGAUGCCCCAGGAGAACAAGCCCUUAGAGAUGAGCAUUCUGAAGAGGGUUAAAGAGCUUCUGGCGGAGGUGGACGUUAGGACAGCUGCUAAACACAUCACCAUGGCUGACUGCACGGUUGCUAGGAUACUGGGUGUUACCGAGGAGAUGCAGAGGAUGAUGGGAGUGGGCUCGGGACUGGAGUUGUUGACUCUUCCUCACGGACACCAGCUGAGACUGGACCUACUGGAGCGGUUCUAUACUAUGUCUAUAAUGACAGCUGUGGACCUGCUGGGCUGUACCGGCAGUAAAGAGGAGAGGGCUGCUCUGCUCCAUAAGACCAUCCAGCUGGCUGCUGAACUCAAGAGCAACCUGGGGAACAUGUUUGGCUUCGCCGCUGUGAUGAGAGCACUGGAGCUACCACAGAUCUCUCGUCUGGAGCAGACGUGGAUGACGUUACGUCAGAGACACACAGAGGGAGCCAUCCUCUAUGAGAAGAAGCUCAAGCCGUUCAUGAAGAACAUGAACGAUGGUAAAGAGAGCACUGUGCUGUCCAACACCUCCUUCCCUCAUGUGGUUCCUCUGCUGUCUCUGCUGGAGAGGAGUGUGGUUGUGGGGGAGGGGCCAGGGGCGGGGAUGGAAUCCUGGGAGAAAGUGGAGGCGGGGGUUGACGUGGUGAUGUCACACCUGGAGGCGGCCCGGACCAUCGCUCACCAUGGGGGGCUGUAUCGCACCAACGCUGAGACCAAACUACAGGGCUUCCAGGAGAGGGAGGAGGUUCUGGAGAUCUUCCGGACAGAGUUCCAGAUGAGGUUGCUAUGGGGAAGUCGGGGGUCGGAGGGCAGCCAAUCAGAGCGCUAUGAGAAGUUUGACAAAGUUCUGACCGCUCUGUCUCACAAGCUGGAACCUCUUGUACGCCACAGUGAACUAUAGCACCCAUCUCACCGAACACCCCUAUACACAGCACUCACAGUGGUAUGGCCCGUCUCCCCACACUGCUGCUGGAUGAUUCCAAUGUGAGGGGAGGAAGCAGCUAACAGAGACAAGAGAAUAGACUGAGAGAAGCCGAGGGUACGCUAGGAGAGAAGGAGCGUCUCGCUGUACAUCCCCAUAAAAGUCAUAAAGGGCUUUUUCAGAGCUCUUAAACUGUGUGGGAUGUUACAUAUUCUGCCUAUCUUCGAAGUACAGAUAAUUGUAUGGUGUGCGCUUAGGGUCAAACAACACAGGGGAGGGAGUAUAGGGAAGACAAAGCUCUGGUUUGUCUAAAACCUCCCUCACUAGUACUGUCACACUCUGUAGUAUCACCAACUUAAAGAGACAGUAAUAUUUAAAACAAUGUUUGUGCUCUUCAGGACACCUGUAUAAAAUAUAUACAACUAUCUAUCUCUAUGACCUGUGUCACCAGACCUCAGCUUCAGACUGAGAGGUAGUGUGUUCUGAAAUCUGUUGUUCUUGUAUAGACUCUCUGCAUGUCUGCUAUUCAUUCCAUAUUCCAUCACGUCCCCUGCUGAUGACACCUGCAGUGUGCUCAUACAGCUGGUCUCUUAUAUAUCUGUUUUGAACAAGUCAUAAUAUAUGUUAUGUUUCCAAAUCACAUCAGCUGUCUGAGGCGUACUGUGCUCUGCCUAAAAGCAUUUCCUCUCUGUGGACUUUGUGUGCUGUUCAGUGGCAGUUGUCUUAUAUGAGGGCUCUUCUGAGAAGCAUUCACCCUCCCUCUUCUUUUCUCCGCUUCUGGCAUGUCAUAAAUGUUUCUCAAAUCAAAACAAAAUCAAAUUGUAUUGGUCACAUGCACAUAUUGGGCAGAUGUUAUUGCAGGUGUAGUGAAAUUCUUCUGGCAUGUCAAUAAUGUUUCUGGCAUGUCAAUAAUGUUUCUGGCAUGUCAUUAAUGUUUCUGGCAUGUCAAUAAUGUUUCUGGCAUGUCAUUAAUGUUUCUGGCAUGUCAUUAAUGUUUCUGGCAUGUCAAUAAUGUUUCUGGCAUGUCAUUAAUAUUUCUGGCAUGUCAAUAAUGUUUCUGGCAUGUCAUUAAUAUUUCUGGCAUGUCAUUAAUAUUUCUGGGAUGUCAUUAAUGUUUCUGGCAUGUCAUUAAUAUUUCUGGCAUGUCAUUAAUGUUUCUGGCAUGUCAUUAAUGUUUCUGGAAUGUCAUUAAUGUUUCUGGAAUGUCAUUAAUAUUUCUGGCAUGUCAUUAAUGUUUCUGGCAUGUCAUUAAUAUUUCUGGCAUGUCAUUAAUGUUUCUGGCAUGUCAUUAAUAUUUCUGGCAUGUCAAUAAUGUUUCUGGCAUGUCAUUAAUAUUUCUGGCAUGUCAUUAAUAUUUCUGGGAUGUCAUUAAUGUUUCUGGCAUGUCAUUAAUAUUUCUGGCAUGUCAUUAAUGUUUCUGGCAUGUCAUUAAUAUUUCUGGCAUGUCAUUAAUGUUUCUGGCAUGUCAUUAAUAUUUCUGGCAUGUCAAUAAUGUUUCUGGCAUGUCAAUAAUGUUUCUGGCAUGUCAUGAAUGUUUCUGGCAUGUCAAUAAUGUUUCUGGCAUGUCAAUAAUAUUUCUGGCAUGUCAAUAAUGUUUCUGGCAUGUCAAUAAUGUUUCUGGCAUGUCAAUAAUAUUUCUGGCAUGUCAAUAAUGUUUCAGGCAUGUCAAUAAUGUUUCUGGCAUGUCAUUAAUGUUUCUGGCAUGUCAUUAAUGUUUCUGGCAUGUCAUUAAUGUUUCUGGCAUGUCAUUAAUGUUUCUGGCAUGUCAUUAAUAUUUCUGGCAUGUCAUUAAUGUUUCUGACAUGUCAUUAAUAUUUCUGGCAUGUCAUUAAUAUUUCCUGAUGACUCCUGUCCCAUUUACAUCAUAUGAGCAUGUUUUUUCUGCACUUGUCAUACACACAAUUAAAAAUACCCAUAAUGCACUCUCACCUGUUUGUGUGAACUAUUGUACUUCAGGCACAUGUGUUAUAAUGUAAAACACUGACUGUGCUGUUCUCUUGAUCGUUACAUAGAUUUUUUGAAAGGUGGGGCCAUUCCAAAUACUGAGGGAUAAUUUUUUUUCUCCUUCCUGACAAACUUUGUUGUCAUGGUAACAUAUUUGACAAACUUUGUUGACAUGGUAACGUAACAUGCUUGAGCCUCUGCUGUUCCCAUACGAUUCAGGUUUAACCGGCGUGAAUGAAUGUGCUUUGGUCUGAAAGCGAUCCAGAACGUUCUCAGGGCAGAAUGGAGCCCCCCCCCCAGACCUAGCCUGGUCCCAGAUCUGUCUGUGCCUUCUUCCUGCCAACGCCUAUGGUCAUUGCCAGCCAAACAAUGCCCAUAGGAUUUGACACGACAGCACAAAUAGAUGUGGGACCAGGCUACCUCAGACCCCCCCAGUGACUGUAUGAUGGACUGUGUGUUGUUCUGUAUGUAAGAUGUGUGAUCGAUAUGGACAGAGUUUUGAAAAGUCAUUGGGAACAUUCUACUCCAAAACCAUGAAGAAAGUUUAUUCACAAAGUCAUUGUAGGAUCCUCAUGCGAUUUCACUCACUUGAAUUCAUCUUCGUAGAAUGUCCUCUAAAAACGUAUUGUUGCUGAAAUGCUUUAGUGAAAUAAAUGUCAUGCUUAGAGGAAUCUGGCAACUUCCUUUGAACUAAAUACAUUGUGACCUUUGAUCAAAUAAUUCCUGGAAACUUUUCAUCUGCCGACUCCUAAGCAGUGGUCACGUUACUGUCACAGUGGUCACGUUACUGUCACAGUGGUCACGUUACUGUCACAGUGGUCACGUUACUGUCACAGUGGUCACGUUGCUGUCACAGUGGUCAUGUUACUGUCACAGUGGUCACGUUGCUGUCACAGUGGUCAUGUUACUGUCACAGUGGUCACGUUGCUGUCACAGUGGUCACCUUACUGUCACAGUGGUCACCUUACUGUCACAGUGGUCACCUUACUGUCACAGUGGUCACGUUGCUGUCACAGUGGUCAUGUUACUGUCACAGUGGUCACGUUACUGUCACAGUGGUCACAGUGGUCAUGUUGCUGUCACAGUGGUCACGUUACUGUCACAGUGGUCACAGUGGUCAUGUUACUGUCACAGUGGUCACAGUGGUCAUGUUGCUGUCACAGUGGUCACAUUACUGUCACAGUGGUCACAGUGGUCAUGUUGCUGUCACAGUGGUCACGUUACUGUCACAGUGGUCAUGUUACUGUCACAGUGGUCAUGUUGCUGUCACAGUGGUCACAGUGGUCAUGUUGCUGUCACAGUGGUCACAGUGGUCAUGUUGCUGUCACAGUGGUCACAGUGGUCAUGUUGCUGUCACAGUGGUCACAGUGGUCAUGUUGCUGUCACAGUGGUCACAGUGGUCAUGUUACUGUCACAGUGGUUACAUUACUGUCACAGUGGUCAUGUUACUGUCACAGUGGUCACAGUGGUCAUGUUGCUGUCACAGUGGUCACAGUGGUCAUGUUACUGUCACAGUGGUUACAUUACUGUCACAGUGGUCAUGUUACUGUCACAGUGGUCACAGUGGUCAUGUUGCUGUCACAGUGGUCACCUUACUGUCACAGUGGUCAUAGUCGUCACAGUGGUCACAGUGGUCACGUUACUGUCACAGUGGUCAUGUUACUAUCACAGUGGUCACAUUACUGUCACAGUGGUCACAGUGGUCACGUUACUGUCACAGUGGUCACGUUAAUGUCACAGUGGUCACAUUACUGUCACAGUGGUCACAGUGGUCACGUUACUGUCACAGUGGUCAUGUUACUGUCACAGUGGUCACAGUGGUCAUGUUGCUGUCACAGUGGUCACCUUACUGUCACAGUGGUCAUAGUCGUCACAGUGGUCACAGUGGUCACGUUACUGUCACAGUGGUCAUGUUACUGUCACAGUGGUCAUGUUGCUGUCACAGUGGUCACGUUACUGUCACAGUGGUCACAGUGGUCAUGUUACUGUCACAGUGGUCACAGUGGUCACGUUACUGUCACAGUGGUCACGUUACUGUCACAGUGGUCAUGUUACUGUCACAGUGGUCAUGUUGCUGUCACAGUGGUCACGUUACUGUCACCGUGGUCACGUUACUGUCACAGUGGUCACGUUACUGUCACAGUGGUCACAGUGGUCAUGUUACUGUCACAGUGGUCACAGUGGUCACGUUACUGUCACAGUGGUCACGUUACUGUCACAGUGGUCACAGUGGUCAUGUUACUGUCACAGUGGUCACAGUGGUCACGUUACUGUCACAGUGGUCACGUUACUGUCACUGUGGUCAUGUUGCUGUCACAGUGGUCAUGUUGCUGUCACAGUGGUCACGUUACUGUCACAGUGGUCACGUUACUGUCACAGUGGUCACGUUACUGUCACAGUGGUCACAGUGGUCAUGUUACUGUCACAGUGGUCACAGUGGUCACGUUACUGUCACAGUGGUCACGUUACUGUCACAGUGGUCACGUUACUGUCACAGUGGUCACGUUACUGUCGCAGUGGUCACGUUACUGUCACAGUGGUCACGUUACUGUCACAGUGGUCACAGUGGUCAUGUUACUGUCACAGUGGUCACAGUGGUCACGUUACUGUCACAGUGGUCACGUUACUGUCGCAGUGGUCAUGUUGCUGUCGACACAAGCUCUAUGGCUGAUGAUCAUGAUGAUUCGUUAUUUUCAGUUAUUUUAUCGUCAAUGUCUGCUGAUUGGUUUCUAAUCAAAUAUGUAUUAGGCUGACUCUCAGAUCUAUGCAAUCACAUGAAUUCAUUAAUUAAUGAACUAAUGAAUGGUUUAGUCCCAUAGGAAACAAACACCCUGAGGAUGUGAGCUGUGUGUGAGUGCCAGCCAGACGGUGCAUCCCAGGUUAUAUAAGCACCAAACAAAGGAAAACAGGCUGAAACAGGGAGGGAUUAUCUGAACUUGUUCAAUUGUUUUUGUCUUCUGUUGCAAAAUGUUUUGCUACUGUGUGUCCCAGUCAGCCAGUGAGUAUAAAUUGUGAGUCCAAUGACCAAUUGUCCCUUCUGUCCAGAAGAGGGCACUGUUGCUCAGUCAGCAAAAUAAUCCAGAGUGACUAUUGAAUUGAAUUUUGUGAUUUUGUGUUUUGUUUUUUUUGCGAUUAUGAAUAAAGCCUACUGGUUUAGGAACAAUGAUGAUGUGCUAUAUGUAAUGAGGUUUGUCUCCCCUUAUGUUGUACAGAUUACACGUCUGGGUUUUCCCUGUUUUAAAUAGUCAAUCUGGAAUGAUGAACCUGUAAACAUACAGGACAAAAUAGUCCCAUGUUUGUGACAACCACGUUUUUAAUGUACUGUACAUAACGGUUCACUUGUUUUUCAAAUAAAUCAAGCUUUUGUCUGUGCUUUGUA